AUGGCCCCAUCAAUAGCUAAAGAUGCUCUCGGCUCGGGCUCAAGCCCAGCAACAAAUUCCACAGCGCGAAAUCCCUUUGAAACUCUCAUCUCAGAUCUCUCCAAGAUUCUAGGUCCAUCGUCCGGUUUAGACUCCUCAGACAUAGAUGUCCUGCAACUGCAGAAAUUGAUGGAGAACUACAUAUCAUCAGAAAAAGACUGGGAGAAGUAUGCUUUUGAGGACUUGAGUCGCGGGUACACCAGGAAUUUAGUCGACGAGGGGAAUGGAAAGAGUAAUCUGUUGAUUCUUGUCUGGACACCCAGCAAAGGCAGCCCAGUCCAUGAUCACGCUGACGCCCACUGCCUCAUGAAAGUCCUCAAAGGCAAACUGAAAGAAACUCGUUUCGACUACCCUCGCAACAACGCUACAGCUCCGCAAGUCAUCAAAGAGACAAUUUAUCACCAAGGUGAAGUCACGUACAUGGCUGAUGAGCUGGGACUACAUAAGAUUUCGAAUCCAGACGAGAAGGAGACUGCAGUGAGCUUGCAUCGUAAGUACCUUCGAUUGAAGUGGAAGAGAGAACUGCUUUGGGGAACUUGA